CAGAAUUCCCCACCACCCCUCGCUGUGUCAGAGCAAGAUAAGAACAAGAACAAGAGCACAUCCCAUCUUCUCUCUCUCCAUCCUCUCUUCGCCAUCUUUGCAUCCUCCCUGUAUCGUCCACGUCAUGUCCGUAACCACCAAAGCCACCAUUGCUUCCUUUGGCGGGAAGCUGCUCAAGCUGAGCCACAAUGCUGUCACGACAAAGUGUGAAAUGUCGUUCAACCUCUAUCUACCACCCCAGUUCUUCAAAGAUUCAUCUGCGAAGAUUCCUGUCUUGAUCUAUCUGUCCGGGCUCACCUGCACUGCCGAGAAUUGCUCCGAGAAGGGCUUCUUCCAGCACGGAGCCAGCAAGAAAGGAAUUGCAGUGCUAUACCCGGAUACCAGUCCUCGUGGAUCGAAAAUCGAGGGAGAGGACGAUUCGUGGGACUUCGGAACCGGCGCUGGCUUCUACGUGGAUGCCACCAAGGCUCCGUAUAAUGCUAACUACAAUAUGUACAGCUAUGUAACUGAAGAGCUGCCGAAAACUGUCUUCACUGCGUUUCCGCAGUUGGAUUCCAGCCGCGUUAGCAUUACGGGUCACAGCAUGGGAGGUCAUGGUGCUCUUACCCUGUUCCUCAAAAACCCCGGCAAAUACAAGUCUGUCUCUGCCUUUGCGCCCAUCUCCAACCCCAUCAACUGUCCGUGGGGCAAGAAGGCGUUCAGCGGUUACUUUGGCGAAGAUAACCUCGCCAAGUGGAAAGAGCAUGACGCUACAGAGCUUGUGAAGAAAUGGAAGGGACCGCUGAAUGUGCUUAUUGAUGUGGGAACCGGAGACAACUUCUACAAGCAGGGACAGCUUCUGCCGGAGAAUUUCGAGAAAGCUGCCAAGGAGGCUGGUGUCGUGGGUGUCAACGUACGCUACCAACCUGACUAUGAUCAUAGCUAUUAUACCAUGGCUACUUUCUCGGAUGAUCAUGUCGAACACGCGGCCAAGUAUCUCUUUGCAUAGUGCGUAUUAACUUCUCUUGUUUCCUUUUUUAAAUAUUUACCUACCGAUCCACAUAUGGCAUACUCCCGUACAUCUACUUGUUUUGGCAUGUGUUCAUCAUUCACACUUUCUUUCAGGUCUGUAUCAUUUUCUGAUGUGUAGUCAAAAGCGAUCGUCUUUCAUCGAAGUCACUGAUAUAGGUUCCUAGGAAAAUAAGAUAUGUUUCAUUUUGUCUUACCUAUAGGUACAUGCAUAACUAUAGGUAAGUGUCUGGAAUGCCAUGAUUUUGGUCCUUUGACAGUCCCUACUCUUAUGCAUUUCCAGAACAUGUAGAUACUCCUGGUUUGUGGGGCCAGGCUCCAAAAAGGAAACACAAAAAAGCCCUCAGGGAACUCCACAGAAAAUCUCUUGCAACUGAAAUCGACUAAGGCAUAGAGAGAAAACUCACAAUACCUACCCAACCUCCCUUUACUCAGAUUCCAUUCCCCUCCAUAGACCAUUGCCCGCCCUUCCUUUUCUAUCCAAUUUCCUUUGUUCUGCACAAAGUCUCCCAUUCUAAAACGAGAGACAUAGAAGAAUAAGAAGAAGAUGAGGAGGAAGAGGAAGAUAAAUAGAAUAAAUGCAAGAAUGUUUCGCUGAUCCUCCCCUGUAACCCAACACAGACCAGGCAAUGAAAUGCUUUGUACUGUAUAUCAACGCCUGACAAAUGCAAACGAGUCACAAAACCUAUAUAUGCUUUUCCCCUUUCUCUCUCUCUCUCUCUCUCUCUCUCUUU